AUGAGGAGGAACAAUCUGUUGCUGGCACUCGCCGCCGGUACCGCCCUGGCCGCUGCUCAGAACCAGAAUAGUGCCCAAACAACCGCUGCUGGCACGACCAAAGCGACUGCUGCACCUACGACAGACAAGUUGACUGGAGUCUCGUCCUUUGUCAAGCCCAGCAGUAAAUCCAGCGCGGCCGCCUCAUCCACAACCGACUCUUCCAAAGCCUCUUCGGCAGCCUCCAAGACCUCUGGCGGUGCUUCUUCCACCACUGUGCAACAGUUGACCGACCUACCUACCCUCGCUGGUGCAACCGUUCCCGACAUGGUCAUCCCUUUCACAGCCGACGCUCCCUUUAUGCAAAAAUCCAACGCACCCGAGGGUACUGUUUUUAUAGCCGUGGGUGCCUGUCUGGCUUUCUUGGGCGCCUGUGUAUUGGCCUGGCGUGCAAUGGUUGCAUGGACCAUCAACCGCUCUGUCAAGCGUGCCGCAAUGGCCAGCGUCAUGGCUUCUGAUGCAAAGACCAAAUACGGUCCUGGUGGCAACCUCUACGCCAUGCCUCAAGGCUCUUCCCUUUCUCUCGAUGCCCUGACAGCGGCUGGUAAGCCUCUAUCCUCUGGUGGUCUCAAGAAGGAGAAUCGCAAGAGCGCACAACCAACAGCCGAUCCUUCGUCCCUCUUCUUCUCCCCUACUGCUGGUCAACGCAACUCAUCAUACAUGCCCAUCAACCAGAACCGCAGCUCCACUUACUUGCCUGCUGGAUACUAUGCGACUCCAGGUGCCCAAGCUGCUGGCGGUCGCGACUCUAUGGUCAUGGGCGGCGCACCAAGCCUGCAACCUACCAGCCACCGCUAUUCUCGUGCCGAGUACUCUCCGCCAUCUAGUCGCGAUGGCUCCCGUCCUCGCAGCAGCAUGAACCCACAAUCACACCAAAGAACCGGCUCGAACGCAUUGCUCAGCCCUACACACCAGCUCUACGCCAAUCCCAGCACAAGCAGUUUGGCUGUUGGAUUCGGCGCUCAGGACGAUGGCAGCAACAUCAGCAGCAAUCUGCCUGGCCAACGCGCUCCUAGCGCAGUCUUUGACGACGUGCUCCACGAACACGGUAACGGUCCUCGCGAACGCUACUAG